GGUGGGUCUAGUUUCGUGGGCAGAUCCAGUAUUUGGGAAAGUUUCGAGCUUUCAGCCGAGAAUUCUCCAAAGGUGAGGACUUUGGAAAAGCCAUAAAGAAAAAGGCCAAAGCUUGGAGCCUUAGAGAUCUAAAAUUUGGGUCCUUUUUUUUUUCUUACAAAUUAACAAAAAGAGAGUAAAUUCAUCCAUACCCAUCGGAGAUCAGAUAAUGAAAUGAGAAUGGAAGAGAUUGUAGAAGAAACCAAUGGAAAACAUGAAAAGAUGGUGGAAAUUACUCUCAAAACAAUUGGCCCUGCUCGCCCUUCUCGCCUUCAUGUCGCUUCUUCCAUCAGAGUUCUUGAUUUGAGAAAAUUGAUAGCUGGAAAGAAUCAUUUACCAGUAGAGAAUUUGAAGCUUAUCUUGCGAGGGAAGGUAUUGCACGAUCGUGAAGAUGAAGAUGACAUUUACAUUCAACUUAAUGGUGAUGAUUCCCUCAUUGCUGCUGUCAAACCAAAGGCACCAGUUGGACUCAGUAUUGACGAUGAUGAUGAAGAUCUCAAAUUUCAGCUCCCACAGUCAACAAGCCAAUGGAAGAAGAAGCUUUUCUCUUUUUUACGUAAUAGAUUGAAGCUUCCUGAUGUCCUUUUGAUGGCAAUAUUUUCUCUCAGUCUUAAGGCAUGGGCUCUAAUUAUUUUAUGGUUUAUACUGGCACCUGUUGCCCAUAAAUGGGAUCUUGGACCAUUAUAUAUACUUGGUACUGGCUUUUGUAUAAUAUUCCUGAAUCUUGGGCGGCGGCAACCUGGUGAUGUCAGUGCUUAUUCCAUCUUCAAUGAAGAUUUUAAAGAGCUUCCCGGAACCCUCAAUGCAGACGCUAUAGAUAGAGAUAUAAGGACGGGUCGGUUUUGAGCCAGUAUCACACCAUAUGUGACUAUCAAAAUGUCUACAUUGUAAUACAUGUUUUCCAUCAAUAGCAACACAAAAUUGUAAAGACUUCUUUCAAGCAUUCUUUGUUUCCUUAAUAGAAAACGGUAAUUUUCAUAAAAAUAAUAAUCUUUCUCACAGCAAUACCAUGGAACUAAAGCAUGUUUAAAAAGUACUUUUGGAUUAGUGGAAUAGGAAUGAAAUAAUCCUGUAACUAACUUGUUACAAUUAUUCCUCUGCUGCUGUGUGGCGAACAAGAUACCUAAAACAAAAUAAUCCAGCUAAAGUUCAUUGAAUACUUCCAUGGGAGCUGGUUGCAGCUAUGGUGGGAAAAAGAAAAAGGAAAAUGGAAGAUGCAAAGUAGAUAUUUGUAUAAGAUGCCAAUAUUACUAGAUGUUGCUUUGUCAAAGGCAUUUGGAUAGGAACCGCAAUAUACAUCCGUUGGCACAUAAUCUUUGACUUCUGCCUGUCCAAGAUUCUGGAAUAAAGAACCCUUGUGUUUGAUUUUAUCGAUGGUUAU